GCGGAAGUGAAGCGCUGUGGCCACUGUUGUUAACAGCGGAGUGAAGAUGGCGGCGGACGGUCGCCUGCAGCUGCGGCUCUUUCUGCUCCUGUGUCUCUGCGGCUCCGGCUCCGUCCUCGGCCUGAAGGCUGUCAGCGGCCCGGCUGACCCGCCCGGCCCUCCGGUCCUCAGAGCCGCGGACCCCCCUCUCAGGGAUGCACCUGCCGCCGCCGCCGCCGGGGCCUCGCAGCCUCGAAGGGCGAGCGGGUGGAAGCUGUCGGAGGAGGAGGCCUGCCGGGAGGACCUGAGCCGCCUCUGCUCCAAACACACCUGGACCAACAACCUGGCCGUGCUGGAGUGUCUGCAGGACCGCAGAGAGGAAAGUGAGCUUGCUCCCGACUGCAAUCAUCUCCUGUGGAACUACAAAUUCAAUCUGACCACAGAUCCCAAGUUUGAGUCGGUCGCCACAGAGGUCUGUAAGAGCACGAUCACUGAGUUAAAGGAGUGUAACGAGGAGGAGCGAGGGAGGGGCUACCUGGUGUCCUGCCUGGUGGAUCACCGUAGCAACAUCAGCGAGUACCAGUGUAACCAGUACAUCACCAAGAUGACCGGUAUCGUCUUCAGCGACUUCAGGCUCAUCUGUGGCUUCAUGGACAAAUGUAAAGAGGACAUCAACAGCCUGCGAUGCGGCAGCAUCAACGUAGGACACAAGGACGUGCACUCCCAGGGUGAAGUGAUUUCCUGUCUGGAGAAGGCGUUGGUGCAGGAGGCGGAGCAGCAGGAUCAUGUUCGUUCAAUCAAAGAAGAGUGUCAGAGGGCGAUCCUGCGGGUGGCGGAGCUGUCAUCAGACGACUUCCACCUCGAUCGACAUCUUUACUUCUCCUGUCGAGACGACCGAGAGAGAUUCUGUCAGAACACUCAGGCAGGAGAAGGAAAAGUCUACAAGUGUCUGUUCAACCACAAGUUUGAAGAGGCCAUGUCAGAAAAGUGCCGUGAUGCUCUGACCACCCGUCAGAAGCUGAUCUCUCAGGACUACAGGGUCAGUUACUCGCUGGCUAAAGCCUGUAAGCUGGACCUGAGGAAGCAGCGCUGCAGCCUGGACACCAACCUGCCGCGAGCCCGCGAGGCCCGGCUGUCGUACCUGCUGCUGUGCCUGGAGGCCGCCGUCCACCGCGGUCGCACGGUCAGUGGCGAGUGUCAGGGAGAGAUGGUGGACUACCGGCGGAUGCUGAUGGAGGAUUUCUCUUUGAGUCCGGAGAUCGUGCUUCACUGUCGGACAGAGAUCGAGGCUCACUGCUCCGGACUGCACCGCAAAGGCCGCACGCUGCACUGCCUGAUGAGAAUAGGACGCGGCGACCGCAGCGCCACCGUCGACGGCGUCUGCCAGAGCGCACUUCAGACUCUGAUCCAGUCUGCAGAUCCUGGAGCCGACUACAGGAUCGACCGCGCGCUCAACGAGGCCUGCGAGUCCGUGAUCCAGACGGCCUGCAAACACAUCCGCACCGGAGACCCAAUGAUCCUGUCGUGUCUGAUGGAGCACCUGUACACAGAGAAGAUGGUGGAGGACUGUGAACACCGACUGUUGGAGCUGCAGUAUUUCAUAUCCAGAGACUGGAAACUGGACCCCAUCCUGUAUAAGAAGUGUCAGGGUGAUGCCGCCCGCCUCUGCCACACCCACGGCUGGAAUGAGACCAGCGAGCUGAUGCCCUCGGGCGCCGUCUUCUCGUGCCUGUACCGACAUGCCUACCGCACCGAGGAGCAGGGUCGGCGGGUAAAUCCAGAGGAUCAGUUAUCUCGGGACUGUAAGGUGGAGGUUCAGAGGAUUCUCCACCAGAGGGCGCUGGAUGUGAAGUUGGACCCGGAGCUUCAGAAACGCUGCAUGACCGACCUCGGCAAGUGGUGCAGCGAGAAGACGGACACUGGACAGGAGCUGGAGUGUCUGCAGGAUCAUCUGGAGGACCUGGUCUCUGCCUGCAGGGACGUUGUGGGAAACCUGACGGAGCUGGAGUCAGAGGACAUCCAGAUUGAUGCUCUGCUCAUCAGAGCCUGUGAACCAGUCAUCCAGGCCUAUUGCCACGACGUCGCUGAUAACCAGAUCGACACAGGCGACCUGAUGGAGUGUCUGGUUCAGAACAAACACCAGAAAGAGAUGAACGACAAGUGUUCAGUCGGCGUUACGCACUUCCAGCUGAUUCAAAUGAAGGAUUUCCGGUUCUCCUACAAGUUCAAGAUGUCCUGCAAGGAGGACGUUCUGCGUCUGUGUCCGAACAUCAAGAAAAAGGUGGAUGUGGUCAUCUGUCUGAGCUUCACGGUGAGGAACGACACGCUGCAGGAGGCCAGGGAGCAGCGGGUUUCUCUCAAGUGUCGCAAACAGCUGCGGGUAGAGGAGCUGGAGAUGUCGGAGGAUAUUCGGUUGGACCCAGACUUGUAUGAGCCGUGUCGAUCCGACAUCAGCCGACUUUGUCCCAACGUGAACUUUGGUAACGCUCAGAUGAUCGAGUGUCUGAAGGAGCAGAAGAAGCAGCUCGGUCAGCGCUGUCACCAGCGGAUCUUCAAGCUGCAGGAGGGCGAGAUGAACGACCCCGACCUCGACUACCAGCUGAUGAGGGUCUGCAAGCAGAUGAUCAAGCGGUUCUGCACCGAGGCCGACGCCAGGAACGUUCUUCAGUGUCUGAAACAGAACAAAAACAGCGAGCUGAUGGAUCCUAAGUGUAAACAGACGAUCACCAAGAGACAGAUCACACAGAACACAGACUACAGGUUGAACCCGGUGCUGAGGAAAGCCUGUCGAGCCGACAUCCCAAAGUUCUGCCAGCCCAUCCUGAACAAGGCGACCGAGGACAGUGAGCUGGAGGGUCAGGUCAUCACCUGCCUCAAACUCAAAUACGCUGACCAGAGGUUGUCUCCAGACUGUGAGGACCAGAUCCGGGUGAUCCUGCAGGAGUCGGCGCUGGACUACAGACUGGACCCACAGCUGCAGAUGCACUGCUCAGACGAGAUCUCCAGGUUGUGUGUGGAGGAGGCAGCAGCUCAGGAACAGACUGGUCAGGUGGAAGAGUGUCUGAAAUUUAAUCUGCUGAAAAUCAAACAAGACGCCUGUAAAAAGGAAGUCCUGAACAUGCUGAAGGAGAGUAAGGCGGACAUCUUUGUGGACCCCGUCCUUCACACCGCCUGCGCCCUGGACCUCAAACACCACUGUGCUGCCAUCACACCCGGCAGAGGACGAC